AUGAUGGAAGAUGGAUCAAAACGAUUAAAAGAUGGUGCUCAUGUUCUUAAUAGUAUGGGUAAUGUUCUUUAUCGACAUGAAAAAGAUGAUGAAGCUCUCGAAUGUCAUCAAAAGGCAUUGAAAAUUCAAGAGAAAUAUUAUCCAUCCAAUCAAGUUGAUAUUGCGACAAGUCUAAACAAUAUCGGUAAAAUUCUCACUCAUCAAGAAAAACAUAAUGAAGCUCUCGAAUAUUAUCAACAAGCGUCAACAAUUUAUGAAAAACUUUAUCCAUCAGAUCAUGUCAGUCUUACUGACACUUUGAAUAAUAUUGGCGUUUCUCAUGAAAAACAGAAGAACCAAAAGAUGGCACUUGACUAUUUUGAGCGUGCUUCGAAACUUAAUGUGAAAUUUCGUCCUCUUGAUCAUGAAAAUCUAAAGAGAAUCAAAGAUGGUAUUCGUCGACUUCCUGCAACAAAAUAA